AUCCUCCAUAUUACUGGGACAGACAUACUGGACUCUAAGACCACGGGACGGGCGAGAGAAAGGAGAGAGCCAUGGCGAGCUCUAGAAGGUGCCCUGUCUGUCCACCUUUUCUGCUCAUUGUCAUGGUGUUGUUGGGCUUUCCGCCAUUAACGCCAUUGGCAGCAGCACCAGCCUUACCAAGAGGGUGCUUCUCCAAGAUCUUUGCCUUUGGUGACUCCUACACAGACACAGGAAACACCGACUCCAUGACAGGCCCCAGCGCCUUCCAGUCCGUGUCUAACCUGCCUUACGGCGAGACCUUCUUCCACAGGCCCACCAACCGCUACUCCGACGGCCGCCUGGUGGUCGACUUCCUGGCCCAGGCGCUCGGCCACCCCCUGCUGCCGCCCUACCUCCACAGCAAGCAGCUCGACCGCCAGAACGGCGCCAACUUCGCCUAUGCCGGAUCCACGGCCCUCGACUACGACUUCUAUGUGAAGAACAACGUCACCUUUGAUCUCACCAACACCUCUCUUCAGACCCAGCUGCACUGGUUCUCCAGCUUCCUGGAGAGCAGUGGAGGCAGGGCCGUCGAUGUGGGUAGUGCACUCUUCUGGGUUGGUGAGAUUGGAGCUAAUGACUAUGCUUACUCCUACUUCUCCUCAGUCCCCUACACCACCAUCAGAACUCUCGCGAUUAAGAACACCGCCGACUUUCUCCAGGCUUUGCUAAGCAAAGGAGCCAAGUACAUAGUAGUUCAAGGGCUGCCUCUCUUGGGCUGCCUUCCCUUGACCAUGUUCUUGGCUCCCAACGAUGAAAGAGACCAAUUUGGGUGCGUGAAGAAUGGCAAUGCCCGGGCCUAUGAGCACAACUCGCUGCUUUUGACCAAGAUCCAAGCCUUGCGAGCUGCGAACCCGGAUGCAGUCAUUGUGUACGCCGACUACGCCAAUGCUCAUCGGCGGAUCCUCGAGCACAGCCGGCUAUUCGGGUUUGAGGAGCUGAUUAGCACCUGUUGUGGGUCUGGUGGGCCUCAAAACUUCGACAUAACGGCUACAUGUGGGUCAGGUGCGACCAGUAUGGUGACCUCCCAGAAGGCCAAGGCCUGCGCAAACCCCAGAGCCUUUAUCAUCUGGGAUGGAGUCCACUUCACCGAGGCAAUGAACAAUGCACUGUGGGAUCUCUUCUCCGGCGAGGGUUACUGUUCACCCACACUGGAUGCUCUGUUCAUCAAGAAGAGAUGCACCCACUAGACCCAUUAAGCAUCCGGCCUUGAUUUCAAGUUCCGCGCCCUCCUACUACCCUUCUCUUGUUUUUCUUCUUGAGUUAGUUGUUGGCUUUGGAGGAGAUUGAUAUGCAUCAAUUGCAGAAUACAUAUGUUUCUUCCA